CCGUGGCUGCGCGAGCAGACGCCGCCGGGGCCUGAGGCCGGCGCGCGGAGUGCCUCGGUGGAGCGGGGGCUAGAGGCGGGGGGCCCGGGAGGCGCGGCUGCGGCUGCGGCUGCACAGGCGUUUGGGUUUCUGUCGGGUUACUCGCUGGGUGUGACGGUUGGCAUCAUCACGCCGUACCGGGCUCAGCGGGAGCUGCUGCGGCGGCGGUUCGUGGAGGCGCUGGGUCCGGGGGUGCUGGAGGCGGUGCGCAUUGAGACGGUGGACUCCUUCCAGGGCAAGCAGCUCGACGUCAUCAUCCUCUCAUGCGUCCGUACAGCCCGACCCGGCGCCGCUGCCGCCUCCGCCGGCGGCGGCGGCGGCGGUGUGGGCUUCCUAGCCGACGUGCGCCGCAUGAACGUGGCCAUCACGCGCGCCAAGCAGGCGCUGUGGGUGCUGGGGCAGUUCGCGGCGCUGCGGCGGGAGCCCAACUGGGCGGCGCUCAUCGCGGAUGCGGAGGCGCGCGGCUGUGUGAUUGAGGAGGCGAGCGCGGGGGAGCUGUGCCCCGAGUGGCUGGCAUUCCAGGAGCGCUACCGCGGCGCGCAGGCGGCCCGUGUGCAACAGGAGCAGCAGCUGAUGAUGCAGAGGAUGGGGCAGCCGGGGGGUGCGGGUGUGGGGGCCAUGAUGAUGCAACCGCAGGGUCUAGGAGGCCCGCCGCAGAUGAUGCAGCAGCAGAUGCAGCAAGGGCAGGUGCUGGGGCCACCGCAGCGGCUGCCGCCGCCUCCACAUGGGAGUGCGGUGCCUCCACGCAUGCAGGUGCAAAUGCAGCAGCCACAGGCACCCCAGCCCCAACCUCCCCCUCAGAUGCUGCCACCCGGCACCAGGCCCCCACAAGGCCCCGGAGAGCCGCCCCAGCCUCAGCCCCCGCAGGGCCCCAUGCAGGCCCAAAACGAACCCCAGCCGCCGCCUCGGCCACAUCCGACUGCCUCCCGCCCUCCCGCCAGCCACGCGCCUAAAGCGCUGGGUCGACCCCACCCGCAUUCGCACAGCCUGCAGCCUCAGCCGCUUGCAGCGCAGCAGCAGGGGCCGGGGCCGGGUGCGUCACGUGGUCG